AAUGUUUCUUAUUUUGUGCAAAAUAGUAACUCCCUUUUACAACUUUGAACACUCGCAACCUAUUAAGCACGACAUAUUUAGUGCGACAUCUAAAUCAACGUUGAACCUAUAUUAUUGUGUCGAUAACAAUAGAAAAUUUGAUUUGGCUCGGCAACAGCGCGACGCAUGAAUGUGGCGUGUGAAGGCGAACUAGGUCUGCGUUAGUUGCGCUCAAUGUAAUAACGGGAAAAAUCAUUUCCUUCAUGACUUUUUUUCCAUCUGUCAAAACUUGAAUAUUGUGCAAUGUAUAGAGCCAUUCCUAUCACCGUUUCAGUGCGCAAGCCCUCGAGAUCUGUUUGUCAUUGGGCGCAUGCGCGAGCGGUCGCUUGUCAUUUCCCAUGAACCUCAACCGAAGUGAGUGAACAACCGCAAUGAAGAGCGCUAAAAUGGAAAUUACAAGUAGGCGCUUGUCUAGCACGUUUUGCUUUGUCCUGUCACGUCAUGUAACCCAUACGGAACUAACGCGCUUGUACUCCAUUACGGUAAGUGCCUGAUUCAGUACCGUUACGGAACUAACGCACUUGUGCUCCAUUACGAUAAGUGCCUGUUUCAGUACCGUUACGGAACUAACGCGCUUGUACUCCAUUACGGUAAGUGCCUGAUUCAGUACCGUUACGGAACUAACGCACUUGUGCUCCAAUACGAUAAGUGCCUGUUUCAGUACCGUUACGCUCAACGGCGACGGCAUCGUGGUUCUAGUUGUUCUAAAUUGCCGUCCCAGAUGCCAGACGUCUACGCCGUUACUAAACAGUUGGUGAGUGCGCAAACCGUUCUUGGUGCCGUCCUUGUCAAUAAAGCAAUUGUGUUCUCUCUCGCUUGCGUUACGUGCUUAUUCUCGUUUUCAUGUGUGUGUCCUCACAUGCUUCGUAAAGGGAAACGGGGCUCUGUAUUGCGCUUUGCGGGGUCGCCUUUGGUUGGGCUGAGUGGGAACCUCUACAUGGAGGAGUUUACUUUUUGUCGAGGAAAAGUUGACACGUGAUUUACUUUUCAGAGAGAUGGGACAUUCGAGCACGUACUGCAUAGAUCAUUUUAGACCAGGUACUCGCAGUCAGUUUAGACCAGGUACUCGCAGUCAGUUUAUACCAGGUACUCGCAGUCAGUUUAGACCAGGUACUCGCAGUCAGUUUAGACCAGGUACUCGCAGUCAGUUUAGACCAGGUACUCGCAGUCAGUUUAGACCAGGUACUCGCAGUCAGUUUAGACCAGGUACUCGCAGUCAGUUUAGGCCAGGUACUCGCAGUCAGUUUAGACCAGGUACUCGCAGUCAGUUUAGACCAAGUACUCGCAGUCAGUUUAGACCAGGUACUCGCAGUCAGUUUAGACCAGGUACUCGCAGGAAGAUAAGACCAGGUACUCGCAGUCAGUUUAGACCAAGUACUCGCAGUCAGUUUAGACUAGGCACGGGCUACAGCCCUGUGGAGUCCGCUUUACUUUCAUCUUGUGAUAAGAUAACAAUAUUGUGAUCUUGUGAUCUAAAAAUGUAAAUAAUUUUUAUAAUGAGGUUGUAAUAAAUGAGUUUAUGUACUCGUGUAAAAUAGUUUUUUAAUAUUAUACUUUUUACUGCGUCAAGGAUCGACGCAGCCAUACAUCUUCGCCCGCCCUCCCAGUGGUAGGAUAAUACAACGCACGCUGUCUCCCUGCCCUUGUUCGGUUUUACGCACGCGCUGUUUCCUGGUGUCCGUCAAGAUCAGGACGGCAUUUCAUGCUUACUCGCGUCCUUUUGUGCUAGAAGGUGCGCUGAAUCGGCAUCUUCCUCAACCGAUAGCUCUUCUAGUAAUGUAGAGGCCUGCCUAGAGUUAGAAAACUUACAGGGGGAUUUAGGAGAUUUUACCGUAAGCCUGGCUAUUUCGAUACAUAGACUGGAGCAACGCGAAGGAGUAAGACCAAAUCUCUCCCAAGGAUAGCCUCCCUCGCAGGCGUGUUUAGGCUGGUCGUGACCUUCCUUAAAACGCCUGCAAGGGAGGCUAUCCUAAAGACACAUCUGUCGAUAUGUUUAAUUUUCAGUUUUUGACCGCACUCAUCGUCAUACGCCCUUCACACGUUACAGCAAAGUGUUUGCCAUACGUCUGCCAAGAAAGCAAUUACCAGCUGUCUUCGUCCUCGCGUUAAUAAGGCACAAAGUUUGGGUUUCUUAAAAUUUUUAUUUUAACUUUGAGUGAAAGAGAGCACGUGAGGUUUUUCUUUUUAACUUGCUACACAGACCUCGUCUAAACGCAUCUGUAUUCGUGAAUGCACCGCCCAUUUUGUACCGUUUUCAAAAAGAUCCUCGUCCUCACGAAGCGUUUAUUUGAAAACGGCCCGUCCCCACGCAGACACUACGCGAGAACGAUUACAAGCUCUACAGCAUAUGCGUCUGCCCACUAGACAUAUCGCGCGCUCAAAGUUAAUCGCUUCUUCUUUCAAAAAGUUACAUUUCCGUCGUCCGAAAAGGUAUCGUCUUCAAUUGUUUCACUCUGGACAUCGUUUUCAAAUUGUUCCGAACGAUAGCUAUAUCCGUAAAGAAAAUUUUGCGUUUUCAAAUUUAUACGUGGGGACGGGGUGCAGUUUAGAUUACUGACACGAAUUUGGGGGAAUUUUUUUCUAAAAACUUUAUUUAUAGGAUAUAUAGGUUAUAUAGGAUUUUUGAGGCACACGAUUAUGACGAAAGGCCUAGCGCUAUUACACUAACGAAACACAGGGGAUAUACAAACAUACCGCAUUUUUGCGUUAAAAAACAAUAACAACAAAAAUUGGCCCAUGAAGGGCCUCCAACUGUUUCCAUGUAGAUCACGGCAUAUAUAUCGCAUAGAUUUAUGCAGAGGGUGUAAUGAGUUGGGAAACCUAAAUAAGGUUAUACAUGUGAACCUCUUGAACUGUUGAAUAAACAUUGUGUUUUAUUGUGGAUAUUCAUUGCCCCAAUACCAAAACACACCCGCUAUAAGAAUGUUAUUCAAUAAUAUUUUUGGAGUGAUUAACCCGUAAAUUGUCAUAAUAAGAAUGGGACGAAUUUUGUAUUAAUGUUUUCCAUGCGAUUUUGUACUGGUCUGCCAAGAUAAAUACGCCCAUUUCCUUUCAGAUGGCCCUCCCAUUUCUGUCAUAAAAAUAACAAAGCUAUUUUAACAAAUCCGCUGAACUAUGUGCACCUCUGAUGGUCAUCAAGAGAAGCGCACGAAAGUAAAUGACACCGUCGCGAGGGCUGUAUCGAUUUCAUUCGAGCUCUUCCAUGUUCCUUGAAGCCGGAUGUAUCAUGUUCUAGGAUUGGACGGAAGACCCGACGACCCUCUGCGUUUGUCACGCUAUCUGGCAUUCUCGUGCUUGAAGAAGGACGAUCGGAGCAUUGGUGGUAUGGAUGCUCUGGUCGUAGCAAUCUCUCUUUUUCUUGGAGUUCUCCUGCCCGGUCUCAAUGGACAAGAUGUCCGGUCAUCUGGACGGUGUCCGGCGUAUCAGUGGCAGAUGGAGUGUCCACAGUACGUUUGGGAUAGCUGCACUUGUGACAAUGACUGCUCACGCGGGAUGAAGUGCUGUUUCACAGGGUGCGGUCACAAUUGCGUCGUGCCAGAUAAGCACAUAAGCAUUACGACCAAAGCAGACAUCGCCUUUCUCAUGGAUUCCUCAGGCAGUAUUGGUGUACGCGACUAUAAGAAGGAAAAACAGUUCGUACAAGGGCUCUCCGAUAUUUUCGACAUAUCUCCAGGGCAAUCCCGAGCAAGCUUGAUCAUUUAUUCUGAUUUCCCUAAACUGAUUUUUGACCUUGAAGAUGGCGUGACAAAUCAAAACAUUACAUCUGUUUUAAAAAACCUUGAAUACCUGAGGGGAAGAACACGAAUUGACAAGGCUUUGAUGAUGGCGGAAGAAGUGUUUGCUGAUGCACGGCCAACUGUCCCUAGAAUUGCGUUUAUUCUGACCGAUGGAAAGCAGACCCAAGACUAUGAUGCUAUACCCUUAGACGUCUCGUCUCAGAGACUGAAGAAGAUGGGUGUAAAAAUUUAUGUUAUUGGUGUCGGCCCUUAUGUAGAUAUCAGCGAGUUGAGACUUCUUACCGAGAAACCCGGUGACGUUUUCACCGUGGCUUCCUUUGAAGAACUUCUCAAACUGCCAAAGGAUAUACUGGUGCGCAUUGACCGACCAGAUUUGCCAGUACCUGUAAAACUAACAGCUGAUGUGCUGUUCCUGAUCGACUCUUCACGAGGAUUGUCCCAAAAGGAGUUCAGCCAAGAGAAGAGACUUGUGUCAAACCUUGCCAUGUCAUUCCACGUUUCACCCGCCUUCACGCAAGUUGGCGCUGCGACGUAUUCCGACUCCGCAAAACUUCGAAUUCCUCUGUUCAACCACUCAGGAGCUGUUAGCUUCAAUGCAGAUGUUGCAGGGAUUCCUUUCCAAGGAGGCUCAAAGAACGUCCAGUCAGCCCUAGAACUUGCCUUAAACACACUUACUGGUGGACGGCCUGUUCCAAAAAUCGCCAUAAUGCUAACAAAGGGGGAUAAUCUCGCCAUACCAGGCUCUCGUAGACCUUAUGCUAUACUACGAGCCUUACAAGAAAAGGGGAUCAAUCUGUUCAUCAUUGCUGUUGGCGACACCUCUGACAGCCGGGGCCUUGCUAGCUUUGUAAAAAGCCCUAAGCAUCUUAUUACAGGAGAAUCAUUCGAAACAAUAGGACAUCGUGCCCCCUCUGUGGUGAGAUUUAUGACCCAACAAAUAGAUACCUCUACUCCUCUCGAUCCACAGGUGGACGUAGUAUUCUUAAUUGACUCCUCUAGGCAUGUUGGGACGGAUGACUACAAGCGUGAAAAACAGUUGGUAUCAUCCCUGUCCUCUUCAUUCCACCAGUCACGUAAUGGACCUCGUGUAGGCCUACUUAUAUUUGGCGACAGAGCUUACACGCUUUUAAGCCUUGACGAGUACACGGACAAAACCGAGUUCAAUAAACGUCUUGUCAAUACACCUAAACUUGGUGGCGCCAGAAAUACUGUUAAAGCUCUGCAGCAAGCAGGAUCCAUGUUCAAAGGUUCAAGUCAAGGACGACGGACACUGGGCAUUCUUCUCUUGUCUGGACCGACCGAAAUAGGUCAAGGCUCAAUCUCUUUAACUAGCGCCGUACAAGCAAUUAAGGGUCUUGGUGGCGAGGUACACACGCUUUCCAUAGGACCGAAUGUUAGUGACGCUGAAGUGCGCAUCAUCAGUCCACGCGAUGGUGUUUUAAAGGUGCCUGACUUUACGAGUCUUCAAGCAAGUGUCCAGCAGAUAGGAUUACAUUUCGCCAGAAAGUUCGGAAGACGAGCUAAUAUAGCCCCACAAGAAACGAAUGUGGUUCUGGUGUUGGACGGGUCAUCAACUGCAGGGCCUGAAAACUUCAUACUACAAAAGGAUUUCGCCAAGUCAUUAGCAGACAUUUUUCACAUUGCCGUAUUUGGGUCGCUGCGUGUUGGUCUUAUAACGUACGGUAACACUGCAGUAGAGAACCCCAAGCUCAAGGACUACAGAAGUCAACAUGAAUUUAAGAAAGUUCUCGAUGGGGUUAAAUAUGCGGGGACUACGAGACGGAUCGGUAACGCUUUAGAAGUAUCAAGAGACGCUUUCACUGGGUCUCAGCAGGCUAAGGAAAGGAUUUUAAUUAUGGUGGUUUAUGGAGGAGAGAUAAAGGCACGACCUCAGUGGGAUAAAACGACAAGACAACUUCGUGCAAUGGGUGUAAAGAUAUUAUUAGUGGUUAUUGGUCAGGAGGGCAACAACCGCGCCCUAUUUGAAAUAGUCGAGGCACCGAAUGAUGUCAUUACCGUCCCUACGAUAUCAGCGCUCCCUCAACGAGCUCAGAUCACAGUAAACCGUGCUCUUGGUGUAAAGGGUGCACCCCUGGACUACAAGGCCGACAUAGUCUUCUUAAUUGAUUCGUCCGACGAAAUAACAGACGAUGACUUUCUUCAGCAGAAGCGCAUGUUACAAUACGUUGCUAACUUAAUUAAUGUUCGCCGUGGUGGCUCUAGAGCGGCGGUUAUCAACUACGGUAGUACACCAUCCCUAGUCGCGACAUUUGAUGCGUUCCAAUCUUUACCUGAACUUCAGAGGAAAGUUGAUGCCGCAAGCCCGGUAGCAGGUAAAAGACGCACUGAUGAGGCUCUAAAUGCUGCAGUGGAAUUGUUCUCCAAACUGGAUCCACAAACACCGAAGGUUCUUGUAUUUGUUGUGGGUGGUCGAAUGUCUUCUGACGCUCGGGGAGUUUCCUCUACCGCAAGAAAGCUCCGAAAUCUUGGUGUUAAAACUUACGGAAUAGUCGCAGGGACAAAUGUCAACCGUAGUUAUCUCAGACCAGUUGUACAAGACGAGGAGGAUUUAUUUGUAUUCUCCUUAUUUCGCUACAUCAGAAGAGGCAUCUCGCCUUUUGUCAACCGUAUUAUUAGAGGUUCCUAUAAGCCAAGAAGCUUCAUUGCAGAUUUGGUCUUUCUCUUGGACAGCGCUUCACCUGUCACAGAUACCGAGUUCCUGGCACAGAAAGACUUCGUCAAGCAAGCAACUCAAGUCUUUAACGUAAUGCCUGGUAAAUCACGAUCCGGCCUCGUCACAUUUGGGUCUCUUUCCAGGGAGAUCACAGGUCUAGCUGGUUAUAGCACAAGAGAAGAGCUAUCUCUAAUGCUAGAUAAUGCCCCUAAGGUUGGAGGUGCCAGACGCAUUGACCUUGCACUUAUGGCAGCAACUGAAGUUCUCAAAACCGCACGAUCCAACUAUCCUCGCAUCGCGGUUCUACUUGUCUCUGGCCCUCACCGCCCUGCUCCUGGAAGUCGCACGUUGGACGAAGCGCUUCAGCCCCUGCGUGUCCUUGGAACACUGUUAUUCGUGGUUUCUAUUGGUGCUAGCCCUGACAGAACACAGCUGCUUAAUGUAGUUUCUAGUCCUGUAAAUAUACUACAGGUUGCAAGUUUCGACAGGCUCAAGUCCAAGGUUACCGAUUUUGGGCAGCUAGUCAAGCAAACACCAGACCGUGAGAAUAUCACUGCCAACAUCUUGUUCCUUUUGGAUUCUUCGUCGACAGUCACACCCUCAGACUACCGCCAACUAAAAGCCUUCGUCGCUACUAUUGCAGGCUAUCUGAACGUCAACUCAGGUGGCUCUAGGGCCGCUUUAGCCGUGUUUAGCGACAAUGCCACAAAAAUAAGUUCAUUCACUCGCUUCACGACCCUGUCAAAUUUCCGUAACGCUGUAAACAACGCUCAAUAUCUAGUUGGUAGGCGCCGAACGGACGUAGCGCUGGCCACAGCGACAGAAUACUUUAAGGACGCUGAGAAGGAUAUUCCGCGUGUCAUGGUCAUGGUAGCAACUGGUCCUCCGUCCCCUGUUUCUGAUAGAGUACCCAUCAGGGAAGCCGCGCGGCCUCUUGCUCUUGAAGGAGUAACAACGUUUAUUGUUGCAGUCGGAACAGAGCCUUUGAAGUGGGGUCUCAAAGAUGCUGUUGUACAGGGCGGUGAUAUUCUCCCAGUUACCAGCAUUCCAGAACUGUCAAUAGAAGCAAGAAGUAUAGCGCGAAUAAUCGCACAAAGAACCGGACGUAAUCCCGUCAAAGGACUAGAUGCCGACAUUAUAUUCUUAAUGGACUCGUCGUCAGGCGUUUCACAAAAUGAUUUUCAACUCGAGAAGAGCUUUGUAAAAAACGUCGCCAGCGCAUUUGACGUAUCUCCAGGUCGCUCUAGAGCUGCAGUGAUAAGUUACGGUGAUAGACCCUUCGCUGUGGCAGGACUUGACAGCUACAGGAGCGUACACGAGCUGGAGCGGUUAGUAGCCAAUGCGCGUUUCGUGGGCGGGACACGUAGGAUGGAUUUCGCGCUUGAUGCAGGACAAUCCAUUCUAUCCCAGGCAAGACCUGGUCAUCCGAGGAUUGUUCUCUUGUUGACAUCGGGUCGACAGUCUCCCGAUGCUGUUCCUAAUGCUCUGUACAAUGCGGCUCGACGUCUCCGCGAUGAUGAAUUAACGAGCUUGUUUGUAGUUGCUAUCGGAAAUGAGCCGAAUAAGCAAGAGCUUGGUAGAAUUGUGCUGACACCAGACCAGGUCAUUAACGUCCCAGAAUUUGAUGGACUGCCUUCAAGCACCCAAGAAAUUACCAAGAAAAUAGCAAAAGUGUCAGUUGUACGCAUACCUUUGAAGUCAGAGGAAAUGGAAGCAGACGUGAUUUUCCUUAUGGACUCAUCUUCGUCUGUGACUCCAGAUGAAUACCGAAUAGAGAAACAGCUCGUAGAACACUUCUCUAAAGUCUUGAAUGUCGGUCCCGAUAAGUCACGAGCAGCCGUUAUCACAUACGGUAGCAGGCCAAGCCUUGUAGUUGACUUGGAUGCUUACGACGAUUUGUCACAUUUACAACAAAUUCUCGACACUGCUCCAAGGGCGGGAGGAUACAGACGAAUGGGCGGCGCUCUAGAGUAUGGGGCAGACAUAGCAAAAAGAGCAAGAAGUGAUGUUCCAAGGAUAGCCAUCAUGUUAACGGCCGGGCGUCAGGAACUUGACCCGAGACCUGAGACACUACGAAGGUCAUCACUUCGUAUGAGAGAUACUGGGGCUACUGUGUUUGUAGUGUCGAUCGGAAACAGUACCCGACCCCAAGAACUAGGUGAAAUUGUUGAGAACCCACGACAUGUUAUUGAGGUCUGGCCGGGUUACGUUCCCCGCCAACGUAUUCAGGAAUUUGGCAAAAUCAUCAACCAGGCUACAACUCCAAAGAUACAUGAUGAUUUUUCGGGAGAUGUUAUUAUUUUACUCGAUUCGUCUGACACCAUUAGCAACGAUGAUUUCAAGAAGGAGAAAGAAUUUGUCAAAUAUGUCGCUGACUCCCUCAGUGUAAAACAAGGAAAGCCACGUAUUGCUUUGGUAACGUUCGGAUCUACUUCUUUGCCCGUGAUGACAUUGAAUAAUUUCACGAACAUGGAUGACCUCAGAAGUGCUUUACAGCGAGCUACAGCUAUUGGGGGUCCAAGGCGAAUAGAUACGGCAUUAAACACAGCGUCAUCUAUUGUCAGAGAGGGCAAGCGAGAUCGACAGUCAAUCAUAGUUCUGGUCACUGCUACAAAUCAGGUUCCGUAUGAAGAUACUAAUACAAUAAAAGAAGCCUCAGAACGACUGAGACAGUUUGGAACAAACCUGUUUGUGAUUGCGGUCGGUGAGAGUCAGAAUGACCCAUCAGUCCAAGCCGCUGCUGGAGACGAUACUGACAUCCUGAAUUUAUCAUCGUUUCCAGUUCUUGCACAACGCGCUAGGUAUAUAUCUACCAACAUCGCAAAUAGAACAAAAUCAUCAAAACCAGGAUGGGUUGUGGACGCCAACUUCAAGGCAGACAUUGUUUUUGUUGUCGACAAUUCGUUCCAAGUCAAUAGACAAGAGUUCGAAACUGAAAAGCGUUUUGUGAAGUCACUUUCCAGUGUCCUGAACAUGUCUCCUGGGCGUUCACAUGCUGCCAUGGUUACAUACAGUAGCUUUCCUGUGAAGGAGUUUGGUUUCCAAGAUAACCUCAAGGAGGAUGACUUUCGCAAGCUAGUGAAUAGGGCGCCUUAUCAAGGACAGUUCUAUCGACGUCUUGAGAUGGCUGUCGGAGAAGCUGAACGAGUUCUGAGGAAUGGAAGGCAAGGCGUGCCGCGGCUCGUGAUUCUUCUAGUUGGCAAAGGGGACGUGAACGGAGUAAAUCGUUUUAAGGAUGCCGUCAAUACUCUUAAAAGUGUGAAUGCCAAACUGUUUGUUAUCAAGUUUGGGGCAAAGUCAAACUACACUGCCCUCCAGUCUGGUGUUGAGAGAAAGAGCGACCUGUUUAGUAUACCAAGAGUGGAGAGUUUGCAGAGUAGGCUAGGAGAUAUUGUUCAACAUGUGGCGGCCAGAACAGGAGACCCAACGCCUCUUGAUGUUCAACUAGAAAUUGUCUUUCUAAUUGAUGGAUCAGCAACGGUUACACUUGCCCAAUUUUCCAAGGAAAAACGGAUAAUCAAAAUGCUUGCCACCGCGCUGAAUAUAGGACCAGACAAAUCACAUGGAGCGCUGAUAGCUUACGGCUCAAGGGCACUCACGUUAUCCAGUCUAAACGAUGACCAAACUCUAGAGGAGUUUUCUAGAGGAGUGGACGCUGCUGUGGUGAUUGGAGGAGAGAGACGUUUUGAUACCGCCUUGCGAAGUGCUAGUACUGCUUUUAGUUCAGCUAGGCGUGGUAUCCCGAAAUGUGUUAUCAUGCUCACCACUGGUGCACCUGGGCGUGGAUCUCAGGAGAUAGCCGACCCAGCAUCCUACUUGAAAAGGCUCGGUGUGAAAUUAUUUUUCAUAGCAUUAGAUAACCAGCCUACAGACCAGUACCUUCUCCGUGCUGUUGCAAAGGCCGAGGACAUAUUCAGAGUGCCUGAGGUUGGUGGGCUUCUACAGGAGAUUGUGUCUUUUAGCAAGUUGGUGGUUAAACGUUUAGAGGAGAACGAUCCUGAAGAGCACGUGCUUGAGGCUGAUAUUGUAUUCAUAAUGGAUGCCUCUGUAAGGGGUAGAGACUACAUACGAGAGAAGUACUUUGUCAUCGAGCUCUCCAGACUUCUAGGUAUCGACCCUGCUAUGCGUAGAGCAUCUCUAGUCAUAUAUGGCAACGAUGCAAACAUUGUAGCCGGUCUAGAUGACUUCAAGUCAGCUGGAAACUUUGAAAGAGCAGUGUACUAUGCCAAGGAACUGCCCGGUCCAAGGCGGAUCGACAAAGGUUUAAGCGCGGGGAACGCUGCUUUCAAAUCAUCAAAUAGUGGAGUAACGAAAUUGGCAGUUCUUCUUACCGCAGGGAGGCAGACUGAAGGAUUCUACUACAGUAGGGCGGUGAAGGAUCUUCGCGCUCUGGGUGUUAAAAUCUUUGUCGUCGCGAUAAGCAAGGACUCUGGCUUGAAAGAGGACCUAAACCCCAUCGUAGAGAGACCUGAUGACCUCACACAGGUCAACGAAUUCACUGACCUGCGCUCUGAGUCUCGUCGAUUGGACAAGCACCUAAGAGCUCGCGCGAGAGAUAAGCUGCAAAAUAAUGUCACAACUGAUAUCGUUUUUAUGGUCGACUCAUCGACGUCAGUUGAUUCUGAGGACUUCAACAAGGAAAAAGAUUUCGUCAAGUCAGUCUCUGAAAUGCUUGGAAUUGAUUCAGGGAUUUCUCGAGCUGCAAUAAUCUCGUACGGCAGUGACCCUGUCUCUGUGUCCAAAAUAGGUGGCUACAAAUCUCUUGAAGAGUUUAACAGGAUUGUGGGUAACUCACAGUUUGUUGAUGGCCAAAGAAGAAUGGAUAAAGCCUUGAGAUUUGGGGCAACUGCAUUAAAAACAAGCCCGGCACCCAAAAAGUUUGCUGUGCUAAUAACGUCAGGAAGUGACUUCAAAGAACCGGAUUCCACGGAACUCCACAAGGCCGCCAAAGCACUUCAUGAUGUCGGUGCUAAAAUUUAUAUAGUGGCUAUAGGAAAUCAAGCCAACCUACGUGAGCUCAACCUUGCUGUCAAGGACCCUGAACAAGUUAUAGUCGCGCCUUCGUUUAGCUCCUUGCAGUCUCAAGUACUUCCCUUGGUUAAAAAGCUCACAGAGAAAACAGAGCCAUCCCAACCUCGGCCCGUGACAUCAGAUGUCGUGUUUCUGAUAGACUCUUCGUCAUUUGUUAACUCUCGAGAUUUCAUCCUACAAAAGCAAUUUAUAAAGCUGCUCGGCGGAUCAUUCGGAAUACCUGGGCAAUCUCAGGCAUCCGUGAUAUCCUAUGCAUCAAGUCCUGUUAUAUAUGCUCCUCUUACACGCUACGAAACCGUGCAACAAUUUUCAAAUGAUGUUGAUAACGCUACGUAUUUAGGAGGUGACAGAGAUAUUCACAGUGCAUUGGACUUUGCGUUGAUGCAGCUGCAAAGACCUCGCGGAGACGCCGUAAAUGUCAUAGUACUUCUAAUCGGAGAUGCGCGGAACGCUAAAGUGAAGCCUGACUUGCUGAAUGUGAUCGUCCAACAAAUCCAUUACCUUGGAGCGAAGCUAUACAUCAUUGGUAUUGGUUCUGAUGCGAUUUCGAGAGUUCUGCAAACGGCUGUGGAAAAGCCAACUGAUGUUAUCGUUGUACCAGACUUUCGCACUUUGACUUCAGGCGCGAAGAAUAUUGGUGACAGAAUCUUAAAAAGUCUUUAUCAACCGCUUAACGUAUCCGCAGACGUAGUUUUCGUACUAGACUCCUCGUCGUCAGUAACCCCACCUCAGUAUCAGCAGAUGAAAGUGCUUGUAAAGCUCCUAGCUCGCGCGCUCAACGUAAACCCUGGGCAAUCCCGUGCGGGACUCAUCACAUACGGGCGUAACUCAAGAGUUGAGUCGAGACUUGGAGACUCGGGCACUUUAGACAUGUUUACGCGUACAGUGGGAGAUGCACUAUAUAUGGGCGGGGUGAGAAGGCUGGAUCGUGCCCUGAAUACGACGGCUGAUGUGCUGGAAAGGGCACGCCCUGACAAGCCGCGUAUCUUGCUUCUUUUCGUGACUGGUCGUCGCACGGAAUCAGCCGCAGAUAUUGACGCUCUGAUGCAGCCUCUCAAAAAGACUGGGGCUAAAGUAUUCGUGGUUGCUAUGGGUACAUAUGCUGAUGAUGGAGGCUAUGAACUUAUGGUUGAAGAUCGUGAGCACAUUUUCAAGCUUCCACUCUCUGAAAAUAUCGACCUUCGGCAAGUUGUGCCAAUGGGCCGUUACAUCGUUUCACAGUUAGAUUCAAACCACGUGGUACCGCCCACUAAGAUACCAACUGACCUUAUCAUACUUGCCGACUCCUCCAAUGGCAUAACGCCAGGAGCUUACCAGCACCAACAGCAGUUCGCAAAGCACUUGAGCAAACUUCUUGGCAUCUCACCACUGCAAUCACGGGCGGCAUUUGUGUCAUACGGCAGCACACAGAUCCUAGUAGGUGGUUUCAGAAGCACACAGUCGAUGUUUGACAGUGCUGUUGACUCAACCGUGGCAGUUGGUGGUCUAAGGCGCCUCGACUCCGCGGUGAAUGCAGCGCUGAAGUUAUUCCGCGAAGCUCGCUCCUCUGCGGCGAAGGGACUGGUUCUGAUAGUGGCUGGACCCAGUAGGCUUGAUACACGCGAACUUAGGGUACUCAGAGACAAGCUUACAGACAAUGGAGUAAACUUGGUGGUCGUAAGUGUUGGAAAUAGCGUCCGUGAAGUCAGGGACCUGGUCGAGAAUCCAGAAAACCUUAUGGCUGUUGAUUUAUCACAGAAACUGUUACCGGACAAUCGUGACCCGUUCCCUUACAAGCUAAUUAUCGAUAAAAUUGGUCUGAAAUCAUCAGAUUUCGCAGCCGACAUCCUGUUCUUAGUUGACAACUCAGACUUCGUCACAAACGAAGAGUUCGAAUCUCAACUGGACUUCAUAAAAUCUAUCGCUCGAAAAAUGCAUAUUUCUCCUGAAGGUACCCGAGUAGGGAUGAUAACUUACAAUUUCAAUCCCAAGUUAAUAGUUGACUUUGAAUCGUAUAACACGGCCGAGAAACUGUUUUCCCGCCUGGACGAGCUGCCCAAAGGACUUGGCAGUCGAAGGUUAGACCUCGCUAUCGACUUGGCAAGAAACGUGUUUGCUAACUCACGGCAAAACGCUGCUAAAGUGAUGGUCGUGUUCGCGAAAGGGCGGCAGUUAACAGACCCCAGCUCAAGAUCUCUGUCUGAAGUAAUAAAGCCUUUGGUUAGACUCGACGUGGUGACAUUAGCAGUUGGUAUCGGCCAAGACGCUAAUAUUCAGCAACUCACAAGCAUAGUGCAGAAACCCGAAGACAUUGUGUUUGUUCAAAGUUAUCCACUUCUUCUUGGCAUGGUGAAUCAAAUAUGGAGAAAAAUAGUGUUUUCUUGCAUUUUAGUUGGCAUCUCCUCCGUCUCCUGUAACAAAACCCUGGAUAUGGGCAUCCUCAUGGAUGCCUCGGGGAGCCUGGGGCCUAAUCAGUUCAACAAAGAACGUCAAUUCAUCAAGUCUAUCAUCCGGGAACUUCUCUCUACCUCUCCCCAAAGCCGCGUGGGCAUCAUUCCAUUCAGUGAUAGCGCCAGUGUCGCAAUCAGUUUCCAGGAAUUCAAGACUUUAUCCGCCUCUGAGCUGGAUACGAGUAUAAGUAACUUGCCGUACGCUGGUGGAAGGACCAGGAUCGACCUGGCACUGGGCGUGGCCAGUAGCAGCCUGUUUGGCGAUAGGAGACCAGGGGUCCCACAGAUUCUUAUCCUGAUCACAGACGGCGUUCAGUCUAAAGACCCUGGCUACAUCCCUGUUUCCCAGGCCAUGCACCCCAUCCGAGAGGCUGGUAUCUCUUCUCUUGCUGUUGGCAUCGGCAAAUCAAUUGACUUUGCUGAACUUAAUCAGAUUGCCGCUGACGCAAACCAUGUGUUUAUUGUUGGCGCGUUUGACGAGCUUCAGGGUAUUGUACAAGGCUUGGUUACUAGGUCUUGUUCAGCGUGAGGUAAACAAUAAAGAAGCACUGACUGCCGCAAAGAUUUCAGUUGACCGUACUGUGAAAAAGGACUCAACUAAUGCUGAAGCGAGAAUAAGGACGUGGCGACGACGAGGAAGCGGUCCCAGGAUCCAGCAUUCUGAAUAUAGACUACCGCCUUAACCUUCCGAAGCAGACAUCAGACUUUUAUCUGGAAGACAUAUCGAAACAAUCUGAUAACAAUUACGGAGAUGAUAAUAUCUCACGAGCAAAAAUUUAGCAUGGAAUGUUUUUAUUAGUCUACAAAGAUAAUUAUUUUGGUAUAUCUACUCUAGCAAAUAGCAUUUUUGAUUUGCGUUUUUCGAAGGUGACAUAUUAUACCUAAUCCAAGGUUUAGUUUCUCAUAUUUGAAUUAAAAAGGGUUGGGAUAGAUACUUGGUCAGGAAAUAAAUACUAAAUAACCCGUCACGUGAUUAUUUUAGACAAAAGAAAAGGCAAGAAUACCUCAUCUACUGACCUAACAUGAUUUAUUUUUCCUAUGUACUAUCUAUACCAUAUGGUAAUGUCAUUCGUUAGCUUCAGAAAUUUUUUUUUCUUGUUAUUAGUUCGCGUGAUUUAAUUCUCUUGAGAUAGUAUCGCCGCUUUAUGGCCUCCAGCAACACAAUAAAUCGUUUUAAGCUUAAUUUGAUGAAAGUUGUUGACAAGCAUGUAAUUUCUAGAAAAGCUGUAAGCGAUCUCAUGUACCACUACAGAAACCCAUGUAAAAGAACAUGUCCCUUAUCUGUUUGAUCGGGAAAAGAAUAUCCAGGUCAAGACCUUUAAAAGUAUUAGUAAUUUUUUUUUGUGUGUGUGUGGUGUUAUUUCGAACUAAUUUUACUAGGAAAGAAUAGCUUAUGUUUUAGUUUUUGUAGAUCAAUAUUGUUUUUCAUCUGGCCAAUUACGCCCCGAGACUAUUGCAUGACCGUUCUCUCGAAUCCGUAGCAUGUAAAACUAACGUUGAUUAGCUCAAAGAUUAAAAGUAUUUUAACCGUUA